AUGGCCGCCACCAAGUGCUUACUGCUGUUGCUCCUAGCAGUGGUGGCUCUUCACACAACCACCGCCAGCUCUCUCCCCGCCGAUGACCACCGCAAGCCUCCCCCUUUGCCCCACAAACCACCGCCGGAGCACGGCCUGCCACCUCCCCACGGCCCCAAGCCUCCUCCAUUGGACAACCCGCACCCAACCUUCGACAAACCCAUAAAGCUGGGAAAGAAGCCGCCAACCCCACUUGACAAACCGCCCAAGCCACACAAACCGUCGGUCGACCACAAACCACCGACUGGGCCGGUAGAUAAACCGCUGCCUAAAGGGGUGAAACCACCGCCGAAAGAGCACAAGCCAUUAUUCCCACCUCACGGCGGUCACUUCCCCGGUCACCCUCCGGUGGGGAAUGCCGAAAAGUCAAUUCCUAAGCCACCUCGCAAACUGCCGGUGCCGCCUCCAACUGCUCCGUUUAAGAAGCAGCCACAGCCGGCACCUAAGAAACCGCAGCCGAGCUGGCCACCGCACGGCCCUCCAUCUACCACCCAUUAG